AUGGAAGUGCCACAACUCGAGUCCUACAUGCCUAAGGAGUGCCUCAAAAAAAUGAAACCUAAAGAAAAAAAACGCCAAAAUGUCAUCAAUGAAUUAUUCCACACCGAGAAAAGCCACGUGAGGAACUUGAAGGUGAUGUACAACGUCAUAUACACGCGCAUGCACCAGGAUUAUCCGAAGGAUUUCGUCGAUUUCCUCUUCCCAAAUCUCGAUCAGAUGGUCGAAAUUCACGCCGAGCUGAACAACAAGUUCAAAGCGAAGAAGAAAAGUUGCGAGAAUUUUGUCGUUGAUGAUUUUUCCGACAUCCUAGUCGAACACUUUACAAAGGAAAAAGGUGAUCGCUUCAAGAAUGUUUGCGCGACCUUCUGCGAAAAACAAUCACAGGCCCUGGAGAGGUUAAAGGUUAAGCAAAAGAAAGAUCAAAAGUUAGCCGCCUUUAUCCAGGAGAUGGCUAGUCUACCGUUGUGUAAGAGGUUCGAAUUGAAAGACCUCCUCCCGACCGCUAUGCAACGCCUCACUAAAUAUCCAUUGUUCAUAUCCAGUCUUCUUAAAUAUACACAACGUAUGUACGAAUACAGGGGGCUGGAGCAAGCCCUGGAAGGCAGCAAGGCCAUCCUGAACCACGUGAACAUGGCGGUACUGAGGUACGAGAACCACAUGAAACUCGUCGACAUGCAGAAGAGGUUGGACAAGAGCCCCAUAGAAAAGUCAACUUCCAACGCUCUCGUUGAGUACAGGAACAUAGAUCUGACGAGGCACACGCUGAUAUACGACGGAGCUCUGACGUGGAGAAUAAACAAGGAUCGCUUGAUACCCAUUCAUGUCGUACUACUUGAGGAUAUCUUGCUACUGCUGCAGAAACAAGAUGAUAAACUGGUGUUGAAGUGUCAGAGCAUGUACAUUGCAGCCGGAAAGACUGAUACUAGAAUGACUCACAGCCCCGUCAUUAAACUAGUCAAUCUUCUGGUCAAACCGGUUGCAUUUGAUAAAUUAGCAUUCUUCCUGGUCAGUCAGCUAGUGGAUCCUGGACCCCAGAUAUACGAUUUAGUCGCUGUUACCAAAGAAGAGAAAGACAGGUGGGUGUCAGACGACUGUAUCUCAGACGCCAACGUCAAGGAUGACGCUCAUCAUCAUCGUCAUCAUCACCCCCAGCCACCACCAUCAUCAUCACCACUGCAAGACUCGCAGCCAAUCAGAGGAGGGGAUAGGGCAGACGACGACGAUUACUAUGACCCAAAUGUUGAUGGCCGGAAGGUCAGAGGUCACGAUAAUAUUCACUGUGAUAAAACUGAUGGGGACGAUGGCCACAAAAUCAAUAGUAGUUUUAGUAGUAGUGGUUGUCGGGACGAUGUUAAUAAUAGUAAUAAUAAUAAUAAUAAUAAUAAUUUUAUUACUAACGCUACUACUACUUCUGACGAUAAUAGCACUACUACUACUAUUGCUAGUAAUAAUAAUGACGUCAUCAUCUCGACUAAUAUCGCUGACAAUGACGUUAUUGAUGACGUCAUUAACAACAACAAUAAUAGUAGUAGUAAUAAUAACAAUAAUAAUAAUAAUAAUAUUGUAGACUCGACUUAA